AUGUUGGCUGUGGCUUGUGGUACGUUGAGUUCAGCUUGCCGGUGUUUUGCCUGGGAAUCGGCUCAGAUGUGGACUUUGGAAGUGUUCCCCACGCAGAUACGAGCUACGGCUUUCAGUGUGGCAAUGGCAGUCAUGCGCUUUGCAUCCAUUUUGUCACUGAAAUUGUCUGCGCAAUACGUUGAAGUUUUGAGUGCAGCAAAUGCCUUACGCACUCUCGCUGCGCUGCUCAUCUUGAGCGGUUUUUUUAGCACGUGCCUGCUGCCCAAAGAGACGGCAAACGUGCCCAUGACGGAAGCAAGUACAGAUGAAGGGAAGGCCUUUUAA